UCGCCAUAUUCUUUCAUUGUUAUACAUUGCAUGGUACGAAAUACAUUAUUUACCAUUAAUAGUAUUGAGUUCCUUUACGAAUAUGAGAUGUUAUUCUGGUGAUGAUUUUGAAAUUUCAAUUAGUCAGAUACAAAGGGUUGAAAAAUGUUGUAUAUGUCAGGAGCACUCGUCAUCUUUUACUAUAGUGGAGAAAUCAUACAUUGGGACGCCACCUAUUUCAACAAGUGAUUUACUGCUACAAUGUUUUGAUUCACUGGAUAAAUGUCGCCUAGUACUUGGCGAGCAGCCUUCAAAUAACUUCAUAUGUGACUCUUGUGAAAAGCUCCUUAUUGAGUUUUAUGACGCCGUGAAAACUGUUUCGAUUCGACGAAAUAAGUUCCUUGAUCGAGUUAAAGAUAAGAAUAAAGCAACAGAUGAAAUAGAAUAUUUUGUAAUUAUUGAAUCAACCAAAAACGAUGCAAUUUCGCCUCAUCCAACAACUAACCGUGUGAUAGAACAUGAGCCAAAUUCAUAUCCUUCAGAAGACGAGUUUGUUAAAAUUAUUGAUUCAGAUGAUGAACAUUUGACCCUAAGUAUUUCAGAAGACGAAUUUGUUAAAGUUAACCAGCCAGCCGAAGAAUUUAAAGAUGAAUGGUCCUCAGAUUGUUCAAUCAACACAGACGCACAAGAAAACCCAGGACAAAUGAGAAACGCCUUGAUAACUAUUGAACGUAUGCCAAAAACAACGCUAAGAUUUUGUUGGCGCUGUGAUAAAAACUUUCCAUCGGAUGAUGCUUUUGAAACUCAUUUAAAAGUGGCUCACACGAAAAGUAAAAAAACUGUUUACUCGUGCCACCAAUGUCAAAAAAAUUUUACAUCUGAAGACGAACAUAAUACACAUAUAUCCAAAUUUCACUAUACUGAUCAGUCACGUUGCGAAAUUUGUGGAGCUUUGUUUGACUCAUCCGUACUUUUGAAUUCACAUAAAAUAGCCCACAAACAGUUGAAGUGUUCCAUAUGUUCGCAAAUGAUGUUAACUCAAAAAAUGCUUCAACGUCAUAUGUUGGUACAUCGUAUGGACAAAAAACACCAAUGUUCAGAAUGCGGAAACAAAUAUAUAUCAAAGACGUUUCUACAAAAGCAUAUGCUGGUCCAUAAAUAUUCUCGUAGCUUCGUAUGUCAGGUUUGCGACUUUCAAUUUAGGACUGCAUGGAAUUUAAAACGCCAUCAAAAGCUACAUUGCCUAGGCGAUAUAAGUCGGAAGCUUGGGGAUAUUAAAGCGCAUACUUAGGUUUUUAGAUUAAAAAUAAUAUUGUAGAAGAAAAUAAUGAAUCGUUUGGUCACAGAAAGCUCAAUUUAAAAAAAUAUGCAAUUAUUCUUUUUAACAUUAA